UCCUUAGCCUAUGGUCGUAUGUGAAAAAUAAGAUUUUAAGACAGUUUACACGGUUUGCAAAUAAAUGGAAUAAAAAGAGACAGCCAUGAAUUUCUUAAUACAAUAUAGUGUUUAAAAAUUGCAAACAAGUAAGAAGUUUCGUUUAAAAAAAGUGAAGACGGCUCUUGGUUUAUUUUUUUACAUAUAGAAAUCGAAGAAGUCGUCGCUGUCUAGAAACAACAAAAAAAAUAUUCUGUGUGUGUGAGCGAGCGACGCAAAUUCAUUCGCCCACAAAAACAAAAGAAGCCCCCCUGGAAUUAUCUUCGAUUGAUCCAAGGGAAAUCAACAGCAGCGGGCGCACCACACGCACAUUUGAAGAAGGCUAAAAACAAUUGUUUUUUGUUUUUUCUUAAAAAAAAUUCAACAAAGAGAGCCAUGAGCAAUAGCGAUGGAUCCAUACGCUUUAGCGACCACACACUUGACAAGGCCACAAAGGCCAAGGUAACAUUGGAGAAUUACUACAGUAAUUUGGUGACACAAUAUGGGGAACGCAAACAGCGCCUGGCCAAACUCGAGGCCCAACUAAAAGACGAAAGCCUAACGGAUACCCAGAGGCAGGAGAAACGUUUACAACAUGCCCAAAAGGAGACUGAGUUUCUACGUCUGAAACGUUUGCGUUUGGGCGUUGAAGAUUUUGAGGCAUUGAAGGUAAUUGGUCGCGGGGCAUUUGGUGAAGUGCGUUUGGUGCAGAAGAAGGACACAGGCCAUGUGUAUGCCAUGAAGGUUUUGCGUAAGGCUGAUAUGUUGGAAAAGGAACAAGUGGCCCAUGUACGUGCUGAGCGUGAUGUAUUGGUGGAAGCCGAUCACCAAUGGGUGGUGAAAAUGUACUACAGUUUUCAGGAUCCAUCAAAUCUUUAUUUAAUUAUGGAAUUCUUGCCUGGUGGUGAUAUGAUGACUUUAUUAAUGAAAAAGGAUACUCUCUCAGAGGAAUGUACACAGUUUUAUAUAGUCGAAACGGCAUUGGCUAUAGAUUCAAUACAUAAAUUAGGUUUCAUACACAGAGAUAUAAAACCAGAUAAUUUACUUUUGGAUGCCCGUGGUCAUUUAAAGCUCUCUGAUUUUGGAUUAUGUACUGGUUUAAAGAAAUCACAUCGCACUGAUUUUUAUAGGGAUCUAUCACAAGCAAAGCCAUCAGAUUUUAUAGGAACAUGUGCAAGUCCCAUGGACUCUAAGCGUCGUGCGGAAUCAUGGAAACGCAAUCGAAGAGCUUUGGCUUAUUCAACUGUAGGCACACCUGAUUACAUUGCUCCCGAGGUCUUCUUACAAACUGGCUAUGGACCAGCCUGUGAUUGGUGGUCGUUAGGUGUGAUUAUGUAUGAAAUGCUAAUGGGCUAUCCCCCCUUUUGUUCGGAUAAUCCCCAAGAUACGUAUCGUAAAGUGAUGAAUUGGCGUGAAACCCUAAUAUUCCCUCCUGAAAUACCCAUAUCAGAAGAAGCCAAGGAAACCAUUAUAAAAUUCUGCUGUGAAGCCGAUCGUCGGCUAGGCUCCCAGCGAGGUUUAGAGGAUUUGAAGUCUGUGCCGUUCUUCCGUGGUGUUGAUUGGGAGCAUAUACGUGAACGCCCCGCCGCCAUACCUGUUGAAGUGCGCUCUAUAGAUGACACGUCCAAUUUCGAUGAAUUCCCUGAUGUUUCAUUAGAAAUACCCACUGCACCCUUGCCCCAGGGCAGUGAAAACGCUAAAGACUGGGUCUUUAUCAACUACACAUUCAAACGCUUCGAAGUACGAAAUUAAGUGUGAGAUCGAGUUUACGUUCUUAUGUUUUGUUGAUUCCAACUAAAGGAAUAUUCUGUUUUUGUUUUGAAGCCCAGCCCCCCUUAAGGUCAGGAACUUAAAGACUUGCAAUUUUUUGUUAACAAAUCAAGCGAGGGCUUUUUGAUUAUGUAUAAUGGCUUAAAAUGUCUAAAUUAGAAAUAUUUACUUGUGAAAAAAGAGAAAAAACUCUGGCAGCAUUUUCUAUGUAAACCAUUAACGGUGUUUUUACGGCAAAGCAAUAAAAUCCAAUUUAAAUUGAAAA